AUGUCGGGUCGUCCCCGCAUGUACACACUCAGGGGUCCCGGUUCGAACCUCCUGCAGGAGUCGGAGGAGGACCUACCUGCCCCUUACACCACCACGCCCGUCCCUAUCGUGGUGGAUGAGAGGGCGCCGCCCAUCAACGGCGCCUACUUCUUCAGGAUACAACAGGGUGACAACGUCGCCAGAUGGGAAGCAUCAGCGCCAUCUGGCCCAGAUGGUAACACCCUCACUACCGGACAUUACUCGUUCACCCACCCAGACGGGACGCCCCACGCCAUGACGUACACAGCGGGCGUGGGCGGGUUCCGGCCCGUCUCUGACCUGCUGCCUACCCCGCACCCACUCCAGCCCUGGCAUCUCAAACAGAUCAAAUUUGCCGAGGAACAGAAACGGCUGAAGACUCUGGGAAGCGUCGAAACAGCUGUGCCAGAAGAAACAGCUGUGACAGAAGAAACAGCUGCGACAGAAGAAACAGCUGUGACAGAAGAAACAGCUGCGACAGAAGAAACAGCUGUGACAGAAGAAACAGCUGCGACAGAAGAAACAGCUGUGACAGAAGAAACAGCUGCGACAGAAGAAACAGCUGUGCCAGAAGAAACAGCUGUGACAGAAGAAACAACAGCUGUGACAGAAGAAACAGCUGCGACAGAAGAAACAGCUGCGACAGAAGAAACAGCUGUGACAGAAGAAACAGCUGCGACAGAAGAAACAGCUGUGACAGAAGAAACAGCUGUGGCAGAAGAAACAGCUGUGACAGAAGAAACAGCUGUGACAGAAGAAACAGCUGUGCCAGAAGAAACAGCUGCGACAGAAGAAACAGCUGCACCAGAAGAAACAGCUGCGACAAAAGAAACAGCUGGGACAGAAGAAACAACAGCUGCGACAGAAGAAACAGCUGUGUCAGAAGAAACAACAGCUGCGACAGAAGAAACAGCUGCGACAGAAGAAACAGCUGGGACAGAAGAAACAGCUGUGACAGAAGAAACAGCUGCGACAGAAGAAACAACAGCUGCGACAGAAGAAACAACAGCUGCGACAGAAGAAACAGCUGCGACAGAAGAAACAGCUGCACCAGAAGAAACAUCUGCGCCAGAAGAAACAGCUGCGACAGAAGAAACAGCUGGGACAGAAGAAACAGCUGUGACAGAAGAAACAGCUGCGACAAAAGAAACAGCUGGGACAGAAGAAACAGCUGUGACAGAAGAAACAGCUGCGACAGAAGAAACAGCUGGGACAGAAGAAACAGCUGUGACAGAAGAAACAGCUGCGACAAAAGAAACAGCUGGGACAGAAGAAACAGCUGUGACAGAAGAAACAGCUGCGACAGAAGAAACAACAGCUGCGACAGAAGAAACAGCUGUGACAGAAGAAACAGCUGUGACAGAAGAAACAGCUGCGACAGAAGAAACAACUGGGACAGAAGAAACAGCUGUGACAGAAGAAACAGCUGCGACAGAAGAAACAACAGCUGCGACAGAAGAAACAACAGCUGCGACAGAAGAAACAGCUGUGACAGAAGAAACAGCUGUGACAGAAGAAACAGCUGUGACAGAAGAAACAGCUGCGACAGAAGAAACAGCUGUGACAGAAGAAACAGCUGCGACAGAAGAAACAACAGCUGCGACAGAAGAAACAACAGCUGCGACAGAAGAAACAGCUGCACCAGAAGAAACAGCUGCGACAGCUGCACAAGACGAACAAACCACAGUAGAUGAAAUACCAGCAUCAACGUGA